AUGUCAACGAAACAUUUACGACGGUUUUUGCUAGAAAAGACAGCCGAUGAAGGGAAGACUAUCAAAAAAGAAGCCAUUAGCAGAGAAUGCGAGCAAAGCUCUGAUGAUGAAGAUGUAUCAAAAGCUUUCAUCUGCAAUAGUUCAAAAGACAGUAAUUUCAAAAGUGCUGUUACCAUUUGUCAGUUUAUUAAGGUUGCCACAUAUGAAUUCUUGGAGGAAUUGAGAGAAGGGCAAGAUGAAACUAGCGGGAAAGUAAAGGAGGCAAGAAUGGAUGAGGGAUCAGAAAAUAAAGCUGUAAAGAAAAGGAAGAAAGGAAAGAAAAAAAGCUCAAGUACAACUGCAGUAAAUCGCAUGAAAAUACUGAAUAAUUUCCCAUUACAAAAUACUGUGUCAAAGCUUAGUAGUAAUAAGCUUUUCGAAAGGGACUUAUUUAAGAUAAAUGGCAGAAAACUAGAUGUAGAGAAUGAAUUACGCUCUAUUUUGGGUCGGAAAAACACGCAUGUGACUCAAAGGCGUCGAGUAGUUUUUGGUAAAAUAGUAAAACGGAAGGAAACAUGGCCAGAGAUAAAGAAUGUUGGCCUGUCAAUGGAAUUGGAGCGCACAGAAGGAAAUAUACUUUGGUUCAGAUUUUCGCAUCAUGCAAAUUAUCGUGAGGUGCAGCAAAAUUUUUGGAUGGCUUCUGACUCCUCAGACCACCAGUCUUUAUCGGACAUUUUGGCGCAAUAUCCAUAUCACUUAGACACUUUGAUUGUCAUGUCCGAACAUUUUCGACAACAAGAAGAUUAUCAGUUGUCGCGUGAUUUGAUUGAACGUGGUUUAUUUUGUUGCGAAACUGCGUUUGCCCCACGAUUCCAGUUAUGCAAUUUUGAUCAUCGUAUCAAUUAUUCCGAUGCUGAAAAUCGAGCAUUUUAUUUGUUACUUCAUCAGCACAUGCGAAAUCUUCUUGAUCGCCGCUGUUUCAAAACGGCUCUUGAAGUUGCAAAAUUAAUUUAUCGUUUGGAUCCAGUUUCAGAUCCUCUCGCCAUAUUGCUUAUCAUUGACAUGAUCGCCAUAAAAGCGAAGGAAUAUGAAUAUUUAAUUCAGCUUUACAAUACAUUAGUGGUUCCAAGAAACUUGGAUAAACUUCCAAAUUUUGCCUAUUCUGUACCGCUUGCUCAUUUUCUGCUUUUCUGCGAAACUGAAGAUGUCAAAGAAAAGGAAAUUGCAGAUACUAUGAUUUCUUCUGCUAUCGUACAUUUUCCUACUGUUGUUAUGAAAAUUUUGGAUGCACUAAAUGUUCAACCCGAUUCUGACUUGGAAAACAAUUCACACAUGAAUAUGUUAGGCUAUCACAGGGAAAGUGAAGGAAUAAAAACACUCACAGUUCUAUACACAAAACUGUCAUCAUCGAUUUGGUUAGAAAAUACGUCGAUAAUACCGUGGCUAGAAACAGCCACUAGAUCCUUUCUGUCAUCAUUCAACCGUUUUACGAAUGAGUUCAAGGAAUGGCAACAUUUGAGAAAAAUAUAUUAUGUUGGAAUACCUCUAAAUAUUCAGCGACAUGCGUACUUGUGGGAAGUAAUUGGAAACCAGAGAUGGGCUAUAACAAAUCCUGCUCCACCACGCGAUGGAAAUAUGCGUUAUUCGAGACUUAGAAAUGAACAAAGAUCAGAUUCUUUUCUCUCAGGAUUAUUAACUUCCAUCUGGUCUCAUCAGAGUGGGGUAAGUGUCGGCUUGAUUAACUCAUAA